AAAAUCAUCAAAACAUUAAGCUCAGAAUAAUGUGGCAUUGCUCUUUCUCUUCCCUCUCACUUUGCUGCUUAUUCUUACUAUUGACAAUAAUUCCUACACACUGUUACCUGAUUUCUCCACCAUUGUUAGACUUGAUCAACUCAACCUGCAAAGAAUGCUCAGAUAAGUCAGCAAACAUAAACUACAACUUCUGUGUUACUUCACUCCAAGCAAUUCCUAUAACUCAUGUUACCAACUUACAAGGAGUAGGAAUUGUAGCAAUGGAGCUGGCUCUAGAAAAUGCUAGCAACACGAUUUCGACCAUUGAGAAGAUGCUCAGUAGCAAAGAGUUUGAUCCUUUUGCUAUGAACUGUUUAAGAGAUUGCUUGGAACUUUAUGCAGAUGCUAUUACCAUGCUGGUUGAUGCUUUUGUCGCGUUCUUGGCUGAGAAUUUUGAUAUAGCUACUGUACUAAUGAGGACAGUUAUGGAUGCGACAUCAACGUGUGAUGAAGAGUUCACUGAGAAGAAAGGAGAGUUGACACUACUAGCAAAGGAGAAUUACAAUCUCUUCCAAUUGAGUGACAUCUCCUCAUGCAUCAUUAAACAAGUUUCCUCUGUUCCUUCUCAGCUAACUAAUGUAUCUUCUUAAGAUGUGGCAGCUAUAAAUUGUGUACUGAAUGGGACAUCAAAGGGUUGCUAAAUUCUUGUAGAAAUACUGAUCAACAAGUCUUGUUAUCCCCAUCCCCCUUUUCCUUUUCCCCUGGCAAGGAUAUUUGCACAUCAAAGUUGAAAACAUACACAUCAGAGGUCAAUUAACAAGAGAACUGGGACGAACACAAGAUAAAUGGUAACAACAAAAGGAGCACUAUAUAAUCAAGUGUUAAGAUCC